AUGAGCGGGGAGCUCCCCUCCAAUGUAAUUACGAAGAUUCACGAUGGAGAAGGCGGUAAAAGCUUGGAGGAAAUAUACGUCAAUUAUAAAAAGUUGAAAAAGCUGAACGGGUUGAAUGUGGCGAACGAAGCGAACAAGACUAAUGCCAGCAACGAGGACAUUUCCAGGGGGGAUACGAUCUUCUAUGAAGCGCAGAGUGAGUCGGGCGAAAGGGAGAAGGGAAAAAAUGGUGUCGGCCUUCUGCACAUCGAUAUGGAGGAGGAAAGCAAUUUAAAAAAAAAAAAAAAAAAAGGCAACGAUGGAAUCAGCCAAGUGAGCAAGGAAAAAUGUCGCGCGGAAGUGUCGAAUGCCGAAAUUGUUACCAGGAUCCCCGCUUCAUGUGUGACCAAAGAUAACGCAACAGAAAAUAAAAAAAUAAAUGUGUUAACCAUUUCACCUGAAUUUAAUGACGUGAAAAGGAACUUCAGGUUCACACACAGAAAUAAUUUGCACGUGAAAAAAUCCCUAAAUGAUGUGCCUGUACUAGGCGAUAGCAAAAAGGCUUUCCUAAAAAGCAGCCAUAAUCUGACUAGCGUUCCUUUACUCACCGGGUUUGGUGCUGUUGCUACCAUACGCACCGCUCGGGGUGAGGAAAGGUUAAGCGGGAAAAAAAAGUUCAGCCCCAACAGUCAAGCAAACAGCAUAAUCAGCCAUAAUGAUCGAACUCUAAAAAUAUUCUGCAACGCGAGGGAAGACGGCGCCAAGAGUAGCAACCCCGCGGGCGGAAAUCCAAGCCGCGGCCGACUGCAGCCGGACGGUGGCGGCGUCCACUUGAACGGAAGCGGAGCACGGCCGCCAGCGGCCAUCCCCAAUGAGAAGAAGCGGGUCCCCAAAAGGAAGGCCGCAACGAGUGUAACUGGCGUUACCAGCUUAAUAGGCGCUACGAGGCUCGAAGUCAAAACAAAAAACGGAACCAUGGAAAGUAAAGGAAAAAAUAGGCUAUCAGUGACGAAAAGCCAAGCUAACAAAAUCGUAAUGGACCACACUAGUGAGUACCCCAUAACGUCGAAAAAUAUCUACGACAGCAUUUAUAUCCCCCAAAUUAACAUAAAAAAUAUAUUCAGUGCGCAUUCUAAUAGCGGAGGGGGAACUGUGUGCACGUACAACACUACCACCUGCGCAGAUCCCUCCUACAAUAGUAACGGAGAAACCAAUGCAUUAAAACGGGAAGACAGUUCUAAUCUAAUAAACACACUAAAUGCGUACUCCAAUGUUAAGGUUGCAGUAAGAAUAAAGCCCAUAUCCGAAUCGGAAGAAAAUAUCGUCUCCAUAUUUAACAAAAACUACGUUUUAAUUGAGAAGGAGAAUCAAAAAGAGUGUUAUCUACUGUCUCAAAAAAAAAAGCAGGCAACUUACGUGUUCGAUGUAGUAUUCGAUGUUAAUGCAACACAGGAAAAUGUCUUCUUACACACUGCCAAACCAUUAAUCCCUCACGUUUUCAAAGGUGUUAAUGGAACCGUUUUUGCAUAUGGAGCGACAGGUUCAGGAAAAACAUAUACCAUGUUAGACGACAAAAACCAGAACGGAAUCGUGCAGUUGUCCCUCCUAGAAUUAUUCACCAUCAUUAAAGAGAAAAAGUAUGAGAAGGUAAAAGUGUUGAUGAGUUUUCUGGAGGUAUAUAACGAAACAAUUAGGGACCUACUUGGGAAGGAGAAAAACAAACCUCUGGAGGUGCAAGAAGAUGCAGCCGAAGUACGUGUAAGUAAUUUAUGUGAAGUGCAUGUAGAGAGUUAUCAACAAGCAAUGAUACUUAUCAAUGAAGGAGUGAAAAACAGAAAAAUGUCCCCUACCAGGGCGAACAAAGUGUCCAGUAGAUCCCAUGCCAUUCUACAAAUAUAUAUUCACAAUGAAGUUAUGGAUAGUAAUAUGAAUGCAAUAAAUUAUAAGGCCAAAUUAUGCUUCGUUGAUUUAGCCGGCUCUGAGAGAGCUAGUGCUACAUCCAAUAAAGGGGAAAGGUUCAAAGAAGGUUCCUACAUUAAUCAGUCCCUCCUUGCGCUAGCCAACUGUAUCAAUUCCCUAGCGUCUAAUAAAAACAUUCCAAAGGUUAGAGUCAAAUAUAGGGAUAGCAAGUUAACCCACCUCCUAAAAAAUUCACUUGAAGGAAACUGCCUUGUCGUAAUGAUUGCCAACAUCAACCCGUCCAGGAAAUCAUUCCAAGAAUCCAAUAACACUCUCAAAUAUGCAUUUAGAGCGAGAAAUAUCAAGCUGUGUGCAACUAUACAAACGAAUGACAACAAAGAAAGCGACGUGGAGAAAAUUUUAAAAAGAAAUGACAUCUUGCAGAAGGAAUACGAUUUGCUACUUCACAAGUACGGUACACUGAAGGAGUGUUUCGCCAAUUUAAAGGUUCUCUUUCAGCUCUACAAAAAUGUUCAUCAUUGUUACCAGAGGAAGGAGAACGCAUCGACCAAAAUGUCCAUCCUCGGUUUGAAGCAGAAUAUUUCUGUGUAUGAACAGCUCAUCCUAAUUAAGUCGGAGGAAAUUAAAAAGAAAGUUGAUUCCCUUCCCUUGGGGGAUGAUCAAGAUGAUGUCUUGUUGUUAAAUAUUUUCGACUCUGUUGUGGAUAAAAAUUUGGAUCAUUUUAUUCGUUCCAAUUCUUCUGCUUUAACUGGGGAGGAGGAUCAUAGGGGGGAGGCGGGCGGAAAUGACAACGUGCGGGACAUACCCACUCAGUUGAACCGAAAAGAAGACGUACUUGGUGAGGGGAUGACCGACUACCUGAAUGGACUACACAAUCGAGGGGGCAAUGUGAGCGGCACCCUGUUGGGGAAAUUACCCACGCCAGAUGUACCCACCAUGUUCGCCUCCGAAGAAGGCGUAAUCCCCGCUGACGGGGUGAAGCAAGGCCAGCACCUGGAGCGCAAGAACCCUGGAAAAAAACAACAGCUGCAGACCUUCCAAGACAAUCUCACCGACAUGCAAAACAGUAUUUUAAUGAACACGAUUAGCAAAAAAAUGGAGAGUUCUUCUCACGUCCCCAUAAUAAAAACAGAUGUUACCGAGUUAUUUCUUCAGAGCGGAAUCAAAGAAGAUCCCUGUCUCCUUCUAAAUGAGCAGAUGGACAAAAAAAUUCUCACCGAGCUGGAACCCCAUGGGGUGCUAAAUUACAAUCAAAUUGAACAGAACAGUAAUAGGGGACAUGGUGUAAACGACACGCAGGAAGAUAACGAGGACGCCUCAAACGGGAAAGGAAGCAUUUUUAACAAACCGAAUACGGUGGAAAAUAAUCUAAUCCAUUGUGCGGAUGAUUGUGCAGAGAAUAAUGGAGACAACUUUUACGAUGUCAAGGGGAUGGACAAUGCAAAGGCAACUAUCUUUACUAAUCCGAUGGAGGAGAAGAACACUAGCGGUGUAAAUAAUUUAGGGAGACCGAAACGUGAGGCACAGGGAGGCAGACUGAUAUCCAACAAUGAGGCGGUUCGGAGCAACAAGAGGAAAUUUCCGCACGUGGAGGAAAACAUAAAGCAUGAACACCAGGAAGAAAACUCAUCAUCGGUUAGAAAAAAAAAAGUUAAAAAUGAGAGGAAAAUGAGGUAG